UAUUUAGCUCCUUCCUCUCGAGCUUAGUUCAUUUCAUUUCACACACACACACACACACCGAAAUCUGAGGCCACACAGACAAAAAAUGCCGAUAGACACAUCCGCCAAGAUCUUCGUCGCCGGCCACCGCGGGCUCGUCGGGUCCGCCGUGGUCCGAAAACUCAACCAAUUAGGCUACACAAAUCUCCUCCUCCGUACACAUUCCGAUCUCGAUCUCACAAACCAAUCCGCCGUCGAAUCCUUCUUCGCCGCCGAGAAACCUCAAUACGUCAUCCUCGCCGCCGCUAAAGUCGGCGGCAUACACGCAAACAACACAUAUCCAGCAGAUUUCAUCACUGUAAAUCUCCAAAUCCAAACAAAUGUCAUCGUUUCGUCAUUUAAUCACAAAGUCCAAAAGCUUCUGUUCCUCGGUUCCUCGUGUAUUUACCCUAAGUUUGCACCUCAGCCAAUUCCCGAAAAUGCCCUUUUAACUGCUCCUUUAGAACCUACAAACGAAUGGUACGCUAUUGCAAAAAUAGCCGGUAUCAAAAUGUGUCAGGCUUAUAGGCUACAACAUAAUUUUGAUGCUAUCUCAGCAAUGCCGACAAAUCUAUACGGUACAAAUGACAAUUUUCACCCUGAGAAUUCACACGUUUUACCUGCAUUAUUACGUAGGUUUCAUGAAGCAAAAAUUAACAACCUAGAUAAGGUUGUUGUGUGGGGUACAGGUUCACCUUUAAGGGAAUUCUUACACGUGGAUGAUUUAGCUGAUGCUGUGAUAUUUUUAUUAGAGAAUUACAGUGAUUUAGAACAUGUGAAUGUAGGGAGUGGGAGUGAAGUUACUAUAAAGGAAUUAGCUGAGUUAGUUAAGGAAGUUGUGGGGUUUAAGGGGGAAUUGAUUUGGGAUUCGACCAAGCCGGAUGGGACGCCGAGGAAGCUUAUGGAUACUUCAAAGCUUGUUGGAUUGGGAUGGACACCCAAGAUUUCGCUGCGGGAUGGUCUUGUUGAUACCUAUAAAUGGUAUUUGGAGAAUUAUGGCAAGCAAUAGUUCAGUGAGACCAUGAAUGAUUUCUGAUGAAUGCGCUGAUGCUGUUUCUGAAUCUUAAUGUUACCAAGAAGAAAAACAUCAACUGCUGCAUUCUAGUUGGAUGAUCACUGGUUCUGAGGACCUACAAAUUGCAUGGCGAUCGGCCCCAAGGACCAGCCUAUUUUGUGAGUGAGUAAUGACGCUGAUAGACUGUGUUUCUUUUCCACACUAGCUCCCCUCCCCUAUGUUAAGUGAGACUAGUGAACUGAAUUACUGAAGCCUGUUGAGUUCAUAUGGUUAUUUAUUGGAUAAGCUAUUAGAGGUAACAUAACGCUAAAUGACUUCGUGUUGCUGACAUUGGAAACUGUUAAUUCUGUUACUGGUGUUCGUUUCACCAUUCACACAAGAAGCUGCUAUAAGGACGAGUAUCGAUCAUUGUUUUAUUUGAAAUUGAUUUCUUUGCAUAUCAUGUUUAUGACUAGGUGGCUUAUAAACUUCAUUAUGUCACGAUGUAUUUAUGUCCAUAUUUUGAAACUAAUUCUUGCUGGAUAUUUAUCUUUGUUCAUUA